AUGUUAAUCUUUGUCGCCUGCUUUGCUGGGACUUUCGGGAAGAGAAACUUUCCAACUGUCAACCUUCGCCUCGGCGCCGACACAACAGUCAACAGAGCAGAAAAAGCCAGGGCCACGAACGGUGGAAGUUUGACAGUUACCGUCCGUGCACCGCCCGCGUCCCUUUACCGUCGCAUCUUCUGCUUUUGGCCUAACCUCUCUCACUUCUCCCCUCCCAAGAACCCCGGUUCGUCGACCGUCGUAGGCUGUUGCACCAUGGUACCACGUAUUCUCCCGAAGAGCAAUUUUGUUCCGUGGAAGUUUUCCUGUCCCGAAGUAACCACACGCAUUUUGGAGUCCCACGCCAGCCACACCCCCCUCCUCUUCGGAUGGUACUCCGGACGGCAUGAUGGAGAACGACCGAAGCCAGCCCAGUCCCGGCCCCAGGAAGAAGAAAUAAUGGAACGAUGCAGCGAUGCAUUCGCUGCGGAGCCUCUUGCGGUGAUCCCCCAAACACUUCGUCUUUCCCGCGCUUCCGUGAGCUACCUUCCUCUUCUUUGGAAGCUUCUCACAUUUCAUGCUGCCCAGCGUCACAUUCGAUUUACGAAUAACCCGAAGACAGUCCACCCAUCACUGCUGCGUAUGGCGUGGCAUCACUGUAUUUCCCUUGCCAUGGCAACUUUUUCUGGCCGCCGCCCCAUGUCCGAUGAGCCCCAAAACCCUAUCACAUUGCACGGAUUCCAUCCAGACUGGCUCAAUCCUUGCGGUGGUUGGGACACUUUCUUGACCUGCCCCAAAUGUCGUGACCUGCGAGCUUUUCAGGGCGUCGAAGCAGCAAGAAGCUCGGAGCACGCAUACGCAAAGCGGCUGGCUCAUAUUUUCUUGUUCCUUGUGGAUAAUAGUGUUCAGCGCCACGCACAUAUCCCACGCGCGAGCGGGCGGUAG